AUGAACGCAUCGCUCCUGCGCCAGCGCGGCCGCGCCCUCAAGGAGAAGACUCGAGAUCGGCUGACGGACGGGAGGAGCUGGAUACUGCCGAAGCAGACCAGCAGCAUCGCGCCGCCUCACGUCUGGACCAACGCGGAUCAGGACCCCGUGCCGGAGGACAAGCGGACCUGGACCGGGUGGGCGUUUGUCGGGUACUGGUACUCGGACCUCGUGACCGUCUCGACAUGGAGCAGCGGCAGCGCCAUCGUGACGACCGGGCUGUCGGCCACCGACGCGAUCCUGAUUGUCCUGGUCGCCGCCAUCUGCAACGCCGUCCCGACGGUGCUGAACGGCGCCAUCGGCGCGGACCUGCACGUGCCGUUCCCGAUCGCGUGCCGGGCGAGCUACGGGUACCGGCUGAGCCACGCGUGCGUGGCGGCGCGGGCGGUGCUCGCGCUGUUCUGGUUCGGCGUGCAGAGCGCGAACGGGGGCGCCUGCGUGACGGCCGUCGCGACGGCGGUCUGGCCGGGCUACGCGUCGCUCCCCAACGCGCUGCCCGCCGCCGCCGGCGUCACGAGCCAGGGCCUGCUGAGCUACCUCGUCUACUGGUGCGUCCAGUUCCCGCUGCUACUCGUCCCCACCCACCGGCUCCAGUACCUCUUCUGGGCCAAGACCGCCGUCGUCACCCCGACCGCGCUCGCCACCGUCGUCUGGAUCGCCGUCGUCGCCCGCGGCCGCGGCGAGUUCUUCUACGCGCCCCCGACCGUCUCCGGGUCCGCGCGCGCCUGGCUCUGGCUGUUGAAUCUGACCAGCGUUACGGGCGGAUACUCGACGCUCGCCGUUAACGUACCAGACUUCUCGCGGUUCAGCCGGACGCGGGGGGCGCAGGUGUGGCAGCUGGCGGUGAUCCCGGUGCUCAAGACGGCGGUGGGGGCGCUGGGGGUGGUAGCGGCGAGCGCGUCGCGGGAGGUGUACGGGACGGCGUGCUGGUCGCCGCUGGAGCUGGUGGGGCGGUGGCAGGGGACGCCGGGGGGGCGGGCGGCCGCCGCGUUCGCCGGGUCGGCCUGGCUGCUCGCGCAGGUCUCGGUCAACGUCAGCGCCAACGCCGUGUCCUUUUCCAACGACGCCGCCACGCUGCUGCCGCGCUGGCUCAGCAUCCGCCGCGCCGCCGUCCUCGCCGCCGUCCUCGGCGGCUGGGCCCUCUGCCCCUGGAUCAUCGUCUCCUCCGCCGACGCCUUCCUCCGCUUUAUGAGCGCGUACGCCGUCUUCAUGGCCCCCAUAUCGGGCAUCAUGUGCGCCGACUACUGGCUCGUGGCGCGGCGGCGCUACGACGUGGCGGCGCUCUACGACCCGGACGGGAUGUACCGGUACGGCAGCCGGUGGGGGGCGAACUGGCGCGCGCUGGCGGCGACGGCGGCCGUGGUGCUGCCGCUGCUGCCGGGGCUCGCGCAGCGCGUCGCGCCGCGCCGCGUGCGCGUCCCGCGCGGCUUCGUCGACCUGUUCGCCGUCAACUGGCUCUUCGGCUUCUGCGCCAGCGUCGCGCUCUACUGCGCGCUCUGCGCCCUCCGCCCGCACCGCGCCACCCGCAUCCCCCACACCGUGCCCGGCGACGCGCCCGCGCUCCGGGCCGCCGAUCCCGAGCACGAUGGCCACGGCCACGGCCACGGGGGCCGCAGCGCGCCGCAGACGGAGGGCGCUGCGGAUACACGCCGUAUCACCACCACUUGGGCUUGGGCGCAUUAG